AUGGCAACCCAACCCAGCCGCGAAAUCCCCAUCCCGUCCCUCGACCCGUCCAACCCUCCACCACCGCAAACCUCAAUCCACGCCAUCGUAACCCUUCUCUGGCCCUACUCCUCCGCCACCCGCUCCCUUGCCCUCCUCCUCGCAUCACCAGACGUUCGGCUACGAAGGGAAGGCGGACAAGUCCGCGUGAGGUUUACAGGACGCGGUGCGAGCGCGAUUGCAACGGCGAGGUUGGGGAUUGGGGAUGAGGUGGUUUUGGAAUUGGAGGGUGGGAGAUGGAGUGGUGAGGAGGAGGGAGGGAGUAAGGUGAGGACGCCGGGGAAGGGGGUGCAGGGGGAGUUGGUUUUUGGAGGGAGGGUGGGGGUGAGGGUUUUGAAGAGGAGUGGAUUGGGGACUGGGGAUGAGGAGGUGGGGGUGGGGGAGGAUGGGUGGGUUAGAGUUGAUGAGCAGGAGGUUGUUGAGGAGGAGGGAGGGGAGGAAGAGGAGAGUGCGAGGAGUUGGACACCGAUUGCGAAGAGAGGGCGGGUGGCAGAGGUGAGAUCGAGUCUUGGGUUGGGAGGAGGACAGGUCUAUGCGAGUCCAGCGUUCGCGAGGAACUCUCGGAUGUCUGCAGGAGAAGAUGUGGGAGACUUGAGUGCUUCGGAUCCGUUCAUUGAUGCGUAUUGGGAGGAAGGCUCGCCGAGGAAGAAAAUGCGGUUGUCGUUUUCGGGCGUUGGGAGGUGGAGGCUUGAAGGACGGGAGAGAAGUCCGCAGAAGGAGGACACUGGCGAGGAUAUGGAGAUUGAUCGAGAGGUGGAAGAGUUGAUUGCUGGGUCUUCUCCGUCACAUAUGCCGCCGCCACGAUUAUCUGGACUGGAUAUACCUGAGACAUUGAACGCUGUCGAUUCGCUCGCCGGGAAUGAUGAGCAAGCUCCUACGACGCCAAAACUUCACCCGGUCCCUGCUUCGAAUCUACCGCUGCCGUCGCCGUUUCCAAGCCAGCCUGUUCAGCUACCUUGGGAAUCGCAGCCCUCCUCAGAAUUACCAGCUUCACUUGUCACCGACCUGGAUCAGCCGGAACUGCCUUUGGCCGAACCACUCGUUGCUGCUGUCAAUGAGAACACGACCCAGGAACCCAGUCUGCCAGACACAGACAGUCAGCCGUUCUUGGAGAUACCCUCGCAAGAUGCAGCCACCACGCAAACAUCGCGGCCUUCUCUUGCAUACACGGAGUCGGCGCCAGAGUCCUCUAAUCCAGAUUCGCAAACUAUCUCGACCGGGAUCUAUGCUAUUGGGCAUUCGCCGGAUGAAGAUGUUACUUAUCGGUCGCAGAUGGAGCAUCCGGAAUUGCUGUCGGAUACGGAGGAGGAUGAGAAUAUGUAUGAUGAGGAGUUGAGGGGUCGUGCUGUUCAGACUGUUCGAGAGGGCUUUGUUGACGAUGAUGAGGAAGUUGAGGUUGUGGAUGAAGAUGAUGUUGAGGAGGUUAUUGAUGAUAUGGGCGAAGAGCCUGAUAGCUCUGAUGAUGAUGAUGAGGAAGCAGACGAGGAGGAGGAUGAUGACGAGGAGCAAGAGUGGGAGGAUGAUGAGACCAUUGAUGCCGAACCACAGGAUGCCACAAGUCAGCCGGAAGCUGUGCCUGCGUUUACGGUACAAGACGAGAAAGACAGCACGAUGGCCGGAUCCUUGCAUCAGCCGGAAUCGAUUGUCAUUGAUGACUCGGAGGACGACGAGGACGAUUUGACCGUUCCAGAUCGGCUAAAGGACGCCGUGAGCCAGACCGCCGGAUCAGAUCAGCGCCCGCAGGCGGUUGAACCCAUAUCAGUGAGCCAGACCGUCCAGCUCAUUGACGAUGUCGUCGCCAGCGACAAGCUCGCACCCGAGCAGCCAGCAGAUCCGAAGGAAGCCAUUCAGACUAUUCAGGCCGCCGAGUCUGCAGAUACCGUCACGCCGAAAGAGCUUGCACCAGCGCGGGAAGCAAGUCCGGCCGUGACCAAAGAAGCCGCGCCCAAUGUCGACCUGCCACGACCUUCAGCUUCGCCCGCCAAAGCUGCAACAGCAGCAGAAAAGUUGCAGCUUUCCAAGCAGCAAUCCGCACAGCCGGAGACGCCAUUGAAAGCCAUUCCUGGUAUGUUCGGCCGCCAGAGUGCAGACUCGGCCAUCUCGACUCCAGGGUCCACGCCUCAAUCGGAGAGAGAUCGAAUCAUGGCGAGGACAUACAGCAGUCUCUUUGGCUUCGGUGCAGCUAAGCCAGCUCCACCGGCGUUCCAGACACCUACGCCGAAUGCUGGAGAUCUGCCGAAGAGGAGCUUCAGCGGAUGGGGUGGGCGGCCGAUUAUGAAGAUAUCAGAUGAUGCCGAUGCUAUCGAUGAGGUCGAGAAAGAAGCGAUUGAGCCAGUGAAGCGCUCGGAGAAGGAUUAUGUUGAACGGCCGAAGGCUUUCGAUCAAGCUGGAAAUGUGCAGGACAAGGAAGCGGAGAAGGGGACCGCAAUUGUUCCAUCUGCCGACGUGGUCAUGGAAGAUGAGUCGAACGUCACAAGUGAGCCUGGCAAUACUGACGAGAACGGCAUUGUCACUUCAGCUACGGUCGAUUCAACUGCGCACGAAGUUGAAAUGGAUGCCGACCGCGAAGACAGCCCAAGCAAAGACAUCCCCGAAGUCUUGCCCAUGCCGGCGAAGUUGCAGGACAUUCCUCCACCGCAGCCUCCACCUUCUAGCGCACCGCCUAGAACGUCGCAGCCGGUGCAGGUUAUUGAUCUCGGAUCUAGUGAUGUUGAGGACGAUGAUGAAGAGGAAGAUGCCGCGCAAGGACCUGCUCUGGCGAUCGCGCAGGACGGUGAGAAUGAAGUCAUGAUUCCCACGUUCUCGGGUUCAACGGAUGAGAUGGUUACGGAUGAGUCUGGCGUGUCGAUAUCGAAGGCGGAGACUCAGACUCCUUCUCGGGUAGAUGGUGUCGAGGUUCAGCCAGAUAGCGCAAUGGAGGCAGCGGUCCCAUUUGAUGCUGAGAAUGGCAUGGACGUUGACGAUCGUGCAGGUGGAAUCACAAGCCGUGCCGAUGCCAGGCAGAGCGCCAUCGAAACUUCAGCUGCGAGACUGGAAGAUCUUGUGAGGAAUGCAUAUCAGGACGAUGCCGCGGAGCCUCAAAGUGAUGAAGACUCGGAUCAGUCGACCGAGGGCCUGGAUGGUGCUACUGAGGUCGAGACUCUGUCCCAUGCUGAGGAGUUGUCUCCUGUCGCGCCUUCUUUGGUCAUGGACAAUAUCACUGGCCCACCGACCGCUGCAAUUGAAGCAGAUGACGCAGCGACUUCGGCGAAGCGUGCUUCAGUCAUCGAUAUGAGUGAUUCGCAGGAGCUCGAAAAUUCCGUCACUACCACGAGAUCCGUGACAGCCAGUCAAGUGAGAACAAGGCGUGCUGCCGCCUUGAGCAAUGAGCAAUCAUCGCAUCCUGCGCUUCUUCCGACACCGGAGAUCUCAGACCUGCGUUCUCAGGAAUCGCUUCAACCAUCUGCGAACAAAGCUGUUCUUCCACCGACGCCACAACUCAGUCAAGGCGAUUCAUUGUCAAAACCUCCUGGGGCCGAUACUGAAGUUCCCAGACCAACCACCCCAGAGCCACUCUCGAGACGCACUCGAGCAGGUUCACGUGCCAGCUCACGCGCAAGUGUCGACCCAGCUACCACUCAGCCUAGGACGCCAAACAGAAGAUCCACCAGGAAGUCGCAAGCUCAGAGCCAGAUCUCUGAAGAGGCUAUCGACGAGGUUGAUGAAGACACCAUAGCUGUCUACACGCCCUCGCCGAAGAAGACAGCCGUACCAAAGUCUACCAGAAAGUCACGAGCGCAAACUUCAGAACAAGAAAUCGAGAUGAUUCAAGAAUCAGAGCUCAGCCCUGAGAAGGGAUCGCCACCUCGCAAGUCGCUUACUUCCCGCCUCAGCACUGUUCCAGACGCUAUCUCCGCUUGGUUCACUCCUCGUCGCUCCGCUCGUCAGCAAGUCACCGAAGCACCCGACUCGACCCAGCCUCAUGGCCUCUCAACGCCCAUAGGCUACUAUCACCCGCUAUCAGCUCUCUCUCAAAAGCUCAACCCAUCAUCUCAGUCAUACGCCGACAACACGCUCGAUAUCCUCGCCGUCGUCGCCAACGCCACCUCCAACCCGGAUCGCGCCAAGUCCGGCCCACGAGACUACUACACCACCUUCCGCGUGUGGGAUCCCAGCCUCUCAAAGUCGGCCACCGAUUCUAUCCUCGUCGAAGUCUUCCGCCCUUGGCACGCCACCCUUCCAGUGGCCGAAGUCGGCGAUGGAAUCAUGUUGCGCGGAUUUGCGGUGAAGUCUAGGAAACGGAACCCGUAUUUGCUGUCGACUGAUGCGAGCGGGUGGUGCGUGUGGCGGUAUGGAGAGGAAGGCGGCAGUGGUGAGAAGCAUGGGAGGACGAGGAGUAGUUUUGGAGCGGUGGGUGGUGCGAGGGAGGAAGUGAAGGGUCCGCCGGUCGAGGUUGGGAAGGAGGAGAGGCAGAGGGUUGAGGAGUUGAGGGAUGGAUGGGUAGAGAAGGGCAAGGAGAAGUGA